AAAUAUCACCUUUUUUCCAGGAUAAUUGUAGAGCAUGGACCAAUGAGAAGCACAACUUAUACCUUAAUCAUUUGGAAGUGUCAUUUGUUAAACAGUUGAAUCAGUCAAUGGGUUUUCGUGCUAAAUGCUCGGAGCAGAACAAGAGUGAGAUCAACGUAUCUCAAAAGAAACCUUCCAGUGUCCGUUAUACUUCUGAGCAGUUUUCCAUUUUAUGGCAUGGCUGUUCGCAAAAGAUCAAUUAUGAAAGGGGACAACCGCUUUUGCAUACCUCAACUGAUUCCCAUGGUUCCAGACAAAAGAGGAAACAAAGUCCUUUGCCGUCAGCUGAUAUACAAGGAUCUCUGAAGCUUCAAAAUGCUGAUAAACCCUUAAUCAGGAAACGAGUCUCAUCCCAAGGAUUAGAAACAUGUUCGCGGCAAGAAGAAUUCCUGACAGAGGGUACAGGUCAAAAUUUUGUGGAUGAGGGCUGUCAAAACAACCAACCAAAUAUUUCGUCUCGGGCCAAAAGAUUGAAGAGAGUAUUAGUGGAAAGUUCAGACCACGAUCAAAUUGUGCCUUGUGGGAAAUUUCCCACAGUAGACAAUUCAACUGUUGAUAGUUCUACUCCAGGAGGAGAAGAGCUGGCUAUUGUGAAGGCUUAUCAGAAUACUUCGAGAGCUUUGUAAAUCCUCCAACCUGAUGAAACUCCUCGACAUAGUUCGUUUGAAUUAUAACAGCAAAGAAAAGACUCCAAAUUUAGAUCUCGUGUUACAAGAUGAAUCCAGAUGGUUAAAAAGGAUGCCAUCCAACAAAUUUUGCAUAUUAAAUAGUAGGAAGAAAUUUAACAGUUGGUUGCAAAAAAAUAAAAAAAUCAAAUUAUGUUGAUUUUAUAGAUGUUGUAGAUGUAAAUAUGGAUGAUAUAUGUUUGUAGAAACAAGAGUUCUCUUUCUGUCUAGGGUUAGGUGUGCAGGAUGAGGUAUGAGGAUAUAUUUAGUAUACAGUAUCGUACAAGACUGUAGUUAAUAGAUUCUAUUCUCUUUCUUCUUAA